AGAUCAGUCCACACACUGGCUGCCCGUCCAGUUUAGCCACUGGUCAUGUAUCUCCUGCUAGCGCUCCUGGCCGGUGUGGCCUCGGCUGAUCUGCCCCCCAGGGUCACCAUUCCCCAGGGUACACUCGUAGGCACCACUCUAACUACCAGAGGGGGGAGAGAGGUGUCGGCCUUCCUAGGAGUACCUUAUGCUGCCUCACCUACUGGUCACCUCAGGUUCAAGAGUCCUCAGCCACCAUUGUCCUGGGAGGGAGAGCUGGAUGCCUCCAAGGAGGGAAAUGAUUGUAUACAGCAAGUUGUCUUAAUCGAGACACUACGAGACAUUGUAUCCGGCAGUGAAGAUUGCCUCUUUCUCAACGUUUUUACACCAAAGGUGACAGGGAAUGACAAAUUGCCUGUCAUGUUCUUCAUCCAUGGUGGAAGUUAUGGGGGAGGUUCAGGAGCAAUGCACAAUUACGGACCAGAUCUACUACUCGACAGAGACGUGGUCUUAGUCACUGUCAACUACCGGUUGGGACCUCUUGGGUUCCUGUCUACGGGAGACUCAGUGUUGCCUGGUAACCUGGGACUAAAGGACCAGUUAGCAGCACUACAAUGGGUACAGUACAACAUUGGACACUUCGGAGGCGAUAAGAACUCGGUCACUAUCUUUGGGGAAAGUGCUGGUGGUGCAAGCGUACACUUUCACAUGAUUUCGCCUCGGAGUAAAGGAUUAUUCCAUGCUGCCAUAUCUCAGAGUGGAUCAGCUCUGUGUCCAUGGGCCUUCUCUAACCCUGCUAGACACAAGCAGCUGGCUGGGAAGCUUGCACAGUUGGUGGGUUGUCCUCUGCAGCCUUCUCAUGACUUUCGUCAGUGUCUGAUGGACUUACCUGCAGAGAAGAUUGUUGGUGUCCAAAAAGAUUUCAUCAUUUGGGACAUCGACCCAGUGGUUCUCUUCAGUCCUGCAGAAGAGCCAGAAGAAGUGAAAGAUGCUUUCCUCACCAAGAACCCCUGGACGCUCUCCACUCGCAGUGAUAUUCCGUGGAUGGUUGGGUUCAAUAGUGAAGAUGGGGCUAUCAAAGUAGCGAGCUUGACUCGAGGGGACGUUGAAGGUAAAUUUAAACAGCUCAAUGAUGACUUCUAUUCAAUUCUUCCCAUGUCACUACUGUACCAGCACACUGCUCAAAAUCCUGAUAAAGUUACUGAUGCCAUAAAAAUGUUCUACUUUGAUGGCGCAGACAUAAUUACUCCUGGAAUGGUGAAUGAAUUAACGAAGUUGUACACAGACGGUUUAUUGACACAAGGAAUUUCGGAUUCAGUGAGACGUCACAGUGGUCCAGUGUUCCAGUACCACUUUGCUUACAAUCGAUCCUUUUCUCUAUGCUCAGUGUAUUAUGACAACCCGUGGCACCCAGGUGUCUGCCACUUUGAUGAGCUCAUGUACUUGUUCCCAGUAGAGAAUCAUGCACCAAAGCUUGUGCCUGAUGAUCCUGACUACAUUAUGUCCUUGAAACUAAUUGAGCUGUGGACAAACUAUGCCAAAAAUAAGGUCCCCUCUCUGGAUAUUGAUGGAGAGUUAUGGAUGAGCAAGGAAGGCUCCACCACAGACUAUCUACUGAUAUCUAACAAUGGUUUCUCCUUACAACAGAACCUCUUGGCUGAGAGGAACCAGUUCUGGCAGACUUUGCCUUACAGAGAGAAACCUUCAGUCCGAGGAGAAGGGAGGAUUCCAUUUGAUGAGUUAUGAUUACAAUAGAAAUGGUUGUUUAUUACAACUUCAAAGAUGUACUUUAAAAUGUGUUAAAUGUAAUAGUUUUAAAUAAGUACAUUUUAAACUUUUUAAUUACCAGAGAUAUUUUAAAUCUGAAUGGAAUGUUUGUUCGUGAAAGUAAAUAAACCGUGGAAAUGGAUUUUCUAUUUAUACUAUCGACUUUGCAAAUAUUAACUGUUGAAUCAAAAGAUCUACAAUAAAAUAAAUACAGUCAAAAUAUAGAGCAUAUGUUUUCAUCUUUAAACACCAUAACACGCCUUGUAUUUUCCUGUCUAUCAGUGAGCAUUGAAAUGGCAAGAUUGGAGUUUUUGAAUGUCCAUGGUGUCUAUUGCGAUUUUAUGCAAUAUAGUACUUGAAUUUUCUGCCAGCCAAAAUAGAUUUUUCAGAUGUGACUUUUGCUAUUUAAUAAUUAACUGUAGUGGUUUAUAAAUUAUAAACAUGUAAUAUAACAGUUAGAGGAUUGAUAAUCUAAGCUUUAGACAAAGACAUAAAUAAUUAAGUAACAAUUAUAUUUUACAUUGAGUUAAAAAGUUUAACAAUUGUAAGUAUUUAAAGGUAUGUAAGAUAUUUAUAAAUUAUUUUCAAAUGUUUAAUUUAAAUCGUAUAAUAUCUUAAGGUCAAUUAAAGCAUAAAUUGAAUAUGAUCUAUCAUUUCAAAUUUUACAAGUAUGAAUAAAAACUUUUAUGUAGUUGCAGAUUUUGUAUAUUUUUAAGCAUGCAAAUGUAAUAGAUAUAGUGAGAAUUUGUAUAACUAUAGGCAGGGAUUUGUCUAGAUGUGUUUAAAUAUUAACAUAACUGUAGAGAAAUAUCAAUAAAAUAUAUAAUGUAAAAGGAUUAGUUAUUAUAAAUUUGUGGAAUGAUGUGGUUUCCUACCUUGGAAAUCAAAAUCGCUCGGGAUGAAACAAAAUCUUCAUGAGAAUGUUUUUAUCCGGCAGAUUUAUACGAAAUCCAAACAAAACGUAUCUCAAUA